GUAAAUGUACAAGUCCUUAGAUGUGUCAAAGGCAAUUCUUUACUAUGUAUUAUCAGUUUACAAGACGGGUGUACAUAGUGACCUGAUUACAACUGUUUAUACUCAUUUAUAGACAUUUUUGCAUAUAUACCGUGAAUCAUGGCUGUGAAUGGGACCGCGGCUUUCAGUCCCAAGGGGGUGGGGGCAGUGGACAUCGCGGUCAUUGUGAUUUAUCUGGGCUUCUGUCUGGCAACGGGAAUCUGGGCGACAUGGAGGACAAACAGAGGUAGUAUUAGCGGCUACUUUUUGGCGGGAAGAGAAAUGCUAUGGUUUGCUAUAGGGGCCUCCCUGUUUUCCAGUAAUAUUGGAAGCGGGAGUUUUGUGGGUCUGGCCGGUACAGGUGCUGCGUCAGGGAUUGCUGUAGCCAGCUAUGAACUUAAUGGAUUAUUCUGCCUUUUGAUGCUGGGAUGGCUUUUUGUCCCUGUUUAUAUCGCUAGUGGGGUGUAUACUUUACCAGAGUACCUGAAGAAGAGAUUUGGUGGACAACGUUUACAGAUCUACAUGUCUGUACUGGCGCUUCUUAUCUACAUCUUCACCAAAAUUUCUGUUGACAUGUAUGCUGGGACAAUUUUCAUUCAGCAGGCGAUCGGCCUUGACCGAUACAUCGGGGUGGUCAUUUUACUGGCUAUAUCGGCCGUCUACACCAUAUCAGGUGGACUUAAGGCUGUGAUUUAUACAGACACUUUACAAACUGUUAUAAUGGUAGCUGGUGCGAUUGUCUUGAUGAUACUAAGUUUUAUUGAAAUUGGUGGGAUAGAGAAAGUAUACACAAUGUAUCCCCAAUCAGUACCCUCACCCCUCAUCAACGGCUCCGACUGCGGGGUACCACCGUCUGAUGCUUUUCAUCUUUUCCGGGACGCCGUCACUGGCUCCAUUCCAUGGCCAGGAAACGUAGUGGGGAUCACCAUCCUCAGCUGCUGGUACUUCUGCUCCGAUCAGGUACUCGUUCAGCGUUCUUUGGCCGCAAAGAACAUGCACCACGUGAAAGGCGGGUCCAUUCUGGCUGCGUACCUGAAGAUUUUGCCCCUGUUUACCACAAUAUUUCCCGGAAUGAUCAGCAGGAUUCUCUACACAGAUCAGGUGGCAUGUGUAGAUCCAGAAGUUUGUAAGGCUGUUUGUGAUAAUGAGGCUGGGUGUACAAAUAUUGCGUAUCCUAAACUUGUGGUGGAACUUAUGCCCGAAGGUUUGAAAGGUCUGAUGUUGGCAGCCAUGAUGGCAGCGCUAAUGAGUUCUCUGACGUCAGUAUUUAACAGUUCCAGCACGCUCUUCACCAUGGAUAUCUGGAAGCGCCUGCGCCCAGGAUCUACUGAGGGAGAACUGCUGGUAGUGGGCAGAGUCUUUAUUUUAAUCCUCGUGGUGAUCAGUGUAGCAUGGAUCCCUAUUUUAUCAGCAUCUCAAGGUGGACAACUCUUUAACUACAUCCAGGCUGUCACCGGUUAUCUAGCUCCGCCAAUCUUGUCACUUUUUCUGUUGGCGAUAUUUUGGAAGAGAACCAAUGAACCCGGAGCAUUCUGGGGAUUACUUAUCGGUUUGAUGGUGGGAGUGAUCAGAAUGGGACUGGACUUUGGCUAUGGCAGUCCAAAAUGUGGAGAGGAGGAAUUCAGACCCGCCAUCAUCUCCAAAGUGCACUUUCUCCACUUCACAAUCAUCCUUUUCUUCCUCAGCCUCUUCGCCACGAUAAUAAUCACGCUCCUUACUGAUCCUAUUCCAGAUAAACACUUAAUCCGUUUGACUUGGUGGUCACGUCACAGCUUCCAAGAGAGAGAACCGUUUAAGGAGGAGUUGGAGUUCAACAACUUGUCAACGUCACUUCAAAACGAGAAUAUGGCAUCGAAGAAAGAAGUUAAAAUGACGAAGUGGCGUCAUGCGUUAUAUAUAAUUUGUGGAUAUGAGCCGCCCAAACCAGUGACGGCCACUGAGGCGGAAUUAGCCGAACAUAAACGACUUUUAACGAGCAUUACAGAAAAAGGAAAAUGGAAGUGGUUUGUGAACAUUAAUGCUAUCAUCCUUAUGACGAUAGGAAUUUUUCUGUGGGGAUUCUUCCAUUAACGUUGAGGAUUUUAAUGAAGAGUAUUAUUGCAAUCUUUUAGUGACUCUUACAUUGUAUUUAUAAACAUAUUUAUGUACGUGAUUCGUGAUUCUGAUUAUAGUAAAUACUUUAAAACA